GCCAAGCGCAGGCAGUCAGAUUGUCAUUGCUCGAGACGUGACUGUAAAAAACGACGCUAACCCUUUCGCACGUGUCUUUGUAAAUAUGGAUACAGAUGGCAGCUCUGUAUUCGCUAAUCGAUCGAGGUUAUUUUUCCUUGAUGUGACUGAUGUGAUUGCAACGUUGUAUCAAUUAUAGCACCUUAUCAGGUGUAUAUCAAAAUGUACAAAGAUCAGGCAAUAUGACGACGAAUAACUGUAUCAACAGUCGUGAAACAUAUGUCUUUAGUAUGUUAGAAUUAUGAAUAUAUUCGAGGGAAAAAGCAAAUAUGGCGAGGAUACAUUGGUCCUUGGCGAAGGCGCCAAAUGUUCUUAAGAUUAGUCUAAAACAGACAUGGUGGCGGCUCCAAAUCACCAUCAAAUCCUUAUUCUACAAUGACUUCUUGAAUUGGAGUUAUGUUUGUGAUAUACUUAUGGAACCCAUGUUCUGGUUUGUCGAACGCUUUGCUGCCUGCUUGGGUCCGCUUGCAGGUGUUUGUAGUGAUGGUAGGUCUACUGACCGCCAUCAUUGUAUACAUUGCGUACUACGUGGGUUUACCCUGGUGGUGGGACCAGAGUCCAUCGGCGACGAUAAUUCUGCUGGUGAUUGGAAAUUGGCUGUUAGUUAAUGUCUGUUUCCACUAUUACAUGGGUGUGACAGUGCCAGCUGGUUAUCCUCCGCAAGGUGGUCUUAUUCCUGAGGCUGUGAGCAUCUGCAAGAAAUGCAUCAAGCCAAAGCCACCCAGAACGCACCAUUGUUCCGUAUGCAAUAAAUGCAUUCUCAAGAUGGACCAUCAUUGUCCGUGGCUAAACAAUUGUGUCGGUCAUUACAACCAUCGGCACUUUUUUCUGUACAUGGUUUACACUGUGGCUGGCAUUAUGUUCAUUAUGAUAUUCGGCGUGCAACUUGCCUAUGAAGAGUUCUUUCCCGACCAAGAACCAGAAUUGGACGGCCAUCCAGUGCGCCUCAAUAAUUCAGAAAUAAUUCCUGUGACAGAGUCCUUGGACCAUUUAAGCAAGGAAGAAUUGGCGGAAAUAGCGAGACAGGCAGCGGAAAGUGAGGUCAAGGAAUGGCGACGAAGACUGAUAAUUUUUGCGGGUUUAAUAAGCGUCGCUACAUGUGUAGCUUUGGGCACUCUGACUUCGUGGCACGCUCGUCUCAUCACUCGAGGAGAGACGAGCAUCGAGGGCCGUAUCAACAGCACGGAAUCACAGAAGUAUCGGUCACAGGGCAAGUUUUAUCAGAACCCUUACGACUUUGGACCGAGGGAAAACUGGAGAUUGUUUUUGGGAAUUAAAAACAGAAGCUGGUGGAAUGUUUUAUUUCCAUCGUCACAUGGCCCAUAUGGUGACGGGCUCACAUGGCGAACAGUUCACGAUAGCAAGAUUUCUUAAUAUUU